UCAAUGUUCACCAAGCAAAACUCUUCUCAUCAAGGAAAUGGGAAGUCUUAGACCUCCGGGACAUUUGUCUACAAUGUUUCAUUUUGUAGUUUUUUGCCUUGUAGCCACCAGUGUGGUGGCAGAUAAACCUUAUAUUUAUGCUUCCCCACCCCCUCCAUCUCCCUCACCACCACCAUCACUACCACCAUCACCUUCUUAUUAUUAUAAGUCUCCACCUCCACCAUCUCCCUCACCACCAACUCCAUACCACUACCCAUCACCCCCUCCUCCAAAGAAGUCACCAUCUCCUCCGUAUUACUACAAGUCCCCACCUCCACCAUCUCCCUCGCCGCCACCCCCGUACCACAACCCAUCACCCCCUCCUCCAAAGAAGUCUCCAUCUCCUCCGUAUUACUAUAAGUCCCCACCUCCACCAUCUCCCUCGCCGCCACCCCGGGACCACUACACAUCACCCUCUCCUCCAAAGAUGUCUCCACCUCCUCCUUAUUACUACAAGUCCCCACCUCCACCAUCUCCCUCGCCGCCAGCCCCGUACCACUACACAUCACCCCCUCCUCCAAAGAUGUCUCCACCUCCUCCGUAUUACUACAAGUCCCCACCUCCACCAUCUUCCUCACCCCCACCUCCAUACCAUUACACAUCACCACCUCCUCUAAAGGAGUCUCCACCUCCUCCAUACUAUUAUAAAUCCCCAUUUCCAUCAUCUCCCUCUCCACCACCACCAUACCAUCACACAUCAUCUCCUCCUCCAUUAAAGUCUCCACCUCCCCCAUAUUAUUACAAGUCCCCACCUCCACCAUCCCCAUCACCACCACCACCUUAUUUUUAUAAAUCUCCACCACCCCCAACUCAUUUGCCUUCACCAUACUACUACACAUCUCCACCACCUCCAAAGCAUUACUAAUUAAACCUAUGGUUGAAUCGAUUUGGAGCCUAUAAAGGCUAACUUACUUCUUUGUAUUGUUAUUGAAGUGAUUUCCCAUUACAAAACAAUUGCUUGUGUACAAUAAUAAGGAUUUAAAACCAAGAUCCUUGCAGAAGUGCUUAGUGUAUCAUUUCUUUGUAUGAAACUUUUCUAUGAGAUAGAAAAUUUCUAUGAAUCAUUUAUAGAACUAUUUUGAUACUUUUAAA